CUGAUACCAAUACGAUCAAGAGUUGAGAGCUCGGCAACUAGUUUCCAUAGCGCAGAACAUUUAUUAAUUAUCCGUUGAAAGGUAAUACAUAGGUUAACUUAUUUAAUUGAGUUCAACAAAUUAAAUAGGGAAAAACUGCUGUAGAUGGUAAGGCAAGUACUAAUUUGUAUAUUAUUAAGCCAUAAUUUUGAUCAUAAACUUGACAGACUGUUCCAUUAUGUUUUCAUUCGUAUUUUUAUUCGAAUAUUGGUUGUUUUCCAUCUACGAUUCGUUCCACGAAUACUAAAGGUGAUAAUACAGCGUAUUUUGUAAUGGAAUACAAACGAUGAUAAGUUCAAUGAUGAUAGUUCAGUGCAGUGUUAGUAGCGAUUGGAUGCUCUCUCGAGAGCGUUGAUUUGAGUUAGAUGGUUCAUUCAUUUGAAACUGAACAGGUGCACAUUCAUUUUCAAUUAAUUUUUCAGAUGACUUCUUUUUUUCUGAAUAUAUGUCAAUGGCUUAUAAUGAUUGGAAUUGUGUUAUCACAGGAUACAGAUAACUGUAUCAAUUCCAGGGGCAGAAAUGGAAAAUGUGUACCCAUUGAUCUCUGUCCUGAACUAUUAGAUAUUGCGCGUAAAUCUCAAGUGUCUGUGCAAGAAAUGGAAUUCCUAACUACGAACAAUUGUGGUAAAGCAGUGGUGUGUUGUGAACAGUAUACAGAGGUGACCAAAAGCAGGAGGAUGACACUUCCCGGAGUCGGUGUUUGUGGCUUCGGCCAUGCAAGUGAAAAGAUCCUGGGAGGCACUGAGACCGAAUUGGAACAAUACCGUUGGAUGGUUGUUAUUGAGCGCAUAGAAAAUGGCGAUCGGGAAUUGAUCUGUGGGGGUGCUCUUAUUAACACUUUGUAUGUACUUUCGGCUGCGCAUUGUAUUAAAAACGAUCAAAAGCCAGAAAACUUAGUGUUACGGCUUGGAGAACAUGACCUAUCGAGUGAUCCAGAUUGUGAUAGUUCAGGAAACUGUAACAAUCGCGUUAUUUUGGCGAAUGUCAGUGGAAUAAUAAUCCAUCCUAACUAUAGGAAGGAGCGUAAUGAUGUUGCUCUUCUGAAACUUGCCAAGCCGAUUGAAUAUUCAAAUUAUGUUCUACCAAUUUGCUUACCGGUUUUACCGGCCCAUCAAGAGGACUUUAUUGGACGAAGCGUUUUUGCUGCCGGAUGGGGAAGAAAUGGAACAGGCGAAGAACUAAGCGAGGUCAAAAUGCAUGUGGAACUCCAGAUUGUUCAGCUCGAAGAGUGUGAGAAUUUAUUUUCUAGAAGUGCACCCGGCGAAAUGCACGUUUGCGCAAGAUCCGCUACAGAAGAAAUUGGCGACACGUGCGAAGGAGAUUCGGGAGGUCCAUUGAUGAUUGAACUACAAGGAACGUGGUUUCAGAUAGGGAUAGUCAACUUUGGGUUUCCAUGUGGUACAGCACAUCCGGCAGUUUAUGCAAGGACCGCUCAUUUCAUAGAUUGGAUACAAGAAAAUUUGUUGGAAUAGAUAUUGUUCAAUAAAAAUAAAUGAAAAAAAGACAA